AUGUCAACGCCAUGCUGUGUGUCACCAGGAAAAUUCUGCCCGGCAUUAGAAUUCCAUUUUGAUCGAACAAUUACAAUGAUGCCCGCUUUUUGUGUGGAUGACAUUUGUAAUGUAGCUAAGGCUUCCUUGAUGGACCAAGAUUUAUCGCUGAUGAAACAAUUAUUAACGUUGAAUGAAGAAAUUGAGGAAUUAAAAUGGCGACGACGAUAUGCUUGGAGUAAAAAUUCCAUGGCCAGCUCUGGUGAUAUGGAAAGCAAUGAUUGGACAGAGUCAGAUGUAUCUAUGUGUAUCCCUGAAACUGACAUUCCCCAAAAAUACCCUUCUCCAUCCAGUCUAUCUUUACAAGAAACUCAUAGUGCUUCCUUCUACGACGAUUCUGACCCUUGUGGUACCUUCAAUCGCAGUAAAGCGAAAUCGAAAAUACAAACUCUCCUCUCCAAGAAAUCUUCCUUCAACGAACGGGGAUCUUUUGAUUCUGGAAUUCAUGUUGGUUUCAAUGACAGUCCCACGAACACUGCCGAAAGAACUACGCGAGUCACUCAACUGUAA